CACGCCUCUUCUUCCCAACUCACUCUCCUUAACCAGUGUCUCCCUUCGGUUCUGCAGACAACAGUCGUCGGUGUUCAACUUCAUCAUGUCUUCGUUCAUCGCUAUCCCUAAGCGUAAGAAGAAGCAGGGUGAGAGCUCCGCUGCCACGCCGAGCCCGUCAAGCUCCUCGUCGUUUGCGUAUGGCAGUUUCGCGAGCAGUGCUGGGAGCCCGAAUGCUUCAUCCGUAGCACCAUCCCCGCUGUCGAGGCCGGCAUAUGAUCGGAGGCCGUCGUUAAUGUCUCCCGCGUUUACUAAAGCCGAGCAUACCGUGAUAAAUGUCGGAAACUCCGAGUGCCCGAGGCUGAUAACAUGUGUCAAGGCAUCUCAAGGCUUUGAUUGGAAUCAGGAGAUCUUCCUGCCGAGCUAUGCCGACUACCACUUCGACGACCUUGAACGCAAGCAAGACCCCGUCCAGGACAUCCACGUCAGCGACGAGGAAAUCGCGAACAUGUUCCCAUCAUAGGUGGUCGCAUAUGUGGUACACGGCUAAGCAUACUGAGUGGGGCGUAUAUGGGAUUUAUCUGUGUUAGAUGGCACUGGGUAUGGGGCGGCAAGCUUAACAGCGUUCAUAUUGUUGCAUUCACUGGUGUUACUUCUCAUUCGGUCGCUUCUUCACAUACUUGCUAUUUAUGGUGUUUUGGGGGGAUUUAAUCGUCAUCGGACAUAACAUGAUUUGUUGUCAUGGAAUGGGUGGGAGCGACGGGGCGUUUUAGGAGAACUUUGGUCCACUGUUCGCUUUAUUCUGGGAUAGAUGGGGGUUCGGUGUCGGUACCCAUAUACCUUUGACUGAUUUAGCACACCAAUAUAUAUCCACUCUCACUGCG